AUGCCGACAAUCAGCGAUCUUCAAAUAUACAAGGCCGCUUCGCUGUUUCGAUCUGCUUUCAGCCAGGUGGUUGGUAUACAGCCGAAAGUGAGGAAACCAGCAUUUCCUUGUAACUCAGAAAGCGCCAGCAACCCAUCCAUAACCUGCAGGCCGUCCUCGCCUAGCGCCAUCCCUUUGAGGGAACUGGUGAUAAAUUUGCCUCGGCUCUUCCCGCGCUCUAUGAAAGAAUCGGUACGGGACUAUUUUGCUUUUAGAAAAGAUGCAGGUACCCUGCAGCAUCAACUGCUAUCGACUUUGCCCUUUUUCCCCGUCGCUGGAGAUGAUAAAGUGGCUGAAGUUGUACAAACACCCGUCGAUGAGCAAGCUAAUUACAUUAAUGAGUUUUGCGUGCGGCCUGCCAUGCCUCACCCUAGCGGGACCCUGCGACACCUCAUCAUAGUACAUGGGUACGGGGCAGGCCUUGGCUUCUUUUUGAAAAACCUGGAGAAGCUCAACCUCAUUGAUAAUCGCUGGGUGAUUCAUGCCAUAGAUCUCCCUGGAUAUGGGUUUUCAUCGAGACCCAAGUUUCCUUAUAAGUACAAAUCAGAUCCCGCGGCGCAGGUCGAGCAUUGGUUUCACGCCCGGUUCAAGACAUGGCUCGAAAAAAGAGGACUUUUGCAGCACCCUGAACAAAAUAUGCUAGUCGCGCACUCAAUGGGAGCUUACCUUGCUGCCCUUUAUGCUAACAAAUAUCCGAACCACUUCAAAAAGCUGGUCAUGUGCUCGCCAGCUGGAAUAUGCAAUACACCUUCAAACAAGCAGAGACGCUUGCCUCCUUGGUGGUUUGCCAAGCUUUGGGAUAGAAACAUCUCCCCGUUUUCGCUAGUAAGAAACUCUCGCCUUCUAGGUUCAAAAUUAACGAGCGGAUGGUCUUACAGGCGUUUUGGGCAGCUUCUUAGCGAAGGCUACCGAGGAGCUCAGCAGUUUGAAGCGAUUCACAAAUACGCCUACGCAAUAUUCAAUAGUCCAGGAUCCGGAGAAUAUCUUUUGAGUUUUGCUUUGAAAUGCGGAGGAGAUCCUAGGGAUGCUCUAGAAAGGAGGCUGUUCCAUAAUAAAAUGAAUCAGUUUAAGGCGAAGUGCGAGUGGCUUUGGCUUUACGGUGACCAAGAUUGGAUGGAUGUGGGUGGCGGAAGGCGAGUUUCCCAUUUCCUAAACACAGCGAUGGGCAAAAAGAGCAAGGUUGAGGUUGUACAUGAUUCAGGUCAUCAUCUUUACUUCGAUAACUACGAACAGUUCAAUCGCAUACUCGAGAAAGAGAUGAAAAUGUGGGACCAAUAA